GAGGGGCGGACGCUGGGCCGUGCUUGGUGCGCUGGGGCUCGCUCGCGCGGCAGAGGUAGCCGAGGCUUCUUGGUUCUGCGGCACGUGACGGUUGGACGCCCUCCGCUGCGGUCUCCACUGCAGCGCGGAGCCAGUUGUGCGGGCGGGAGAAGGCUUGGCCACCGCUGGCGGUCCCUGGUAGGCUAGAGAUCAUGGAAGGGAAGUGGUUACUGUGUGUGUUGCUGGCCCUUGGAACUACUGUCCUUCAGGCUCAUGAUGGACAUGAUGAUAAUGUGAUUGAUAUUGAGGAUGACCUAGAUGAUGUCAUUGAAGAGGUGGAAGACUCGAAGCCAGAUACCAGCGCUCCUCCUCCAUCUCCAAAGGUUACCUAUAAAGCUCCAGUUCCAACAGGGGAAGUGUAUUUUGCUGAUUCCUUUGACAGAGGAACUCUGUCAGGGUGGAUUUUAUCCAAAGCCAAGAAAGAUGACACUGAUGAAGAAAUUGCCAAAUAUGAUGGAAAGUGGGAAGUAGAUGAGAUGAAAGAAUCAAAGCUUCCAGGUGAUAAAGGACUUGUAUUAAUGUCUCGGGCCAAGCAUCAUGCCAUCUCUGCUAAACUGAACAAGCCCUUCGUGUUUGAUACCAAGCCUCUCAUUGUUCAGUAUGAGGUUAAUUUCCAAAAUGGAAUAGAAUGUGGUGGUGCCUAUGUGAAACUGCUUUCUAAAACACCAGAACUCAACUUGGAUCAGUUCCACGACAAGACCCCUUACACAAUUAUGUUUGGUCCAGAUAAAUGUGGAGAAGAUUAUAAAUUGCACUUCAUCUUCCGCCACAAAAACCCUAAGACGGGUAUUUAUGAAGAAAAGCAUGCUAAGAGACCAGAUGCAGAUCUGAAGACCUAUUUUACUGACAAGAAAACUCAUCUUUACACGUUAAUUUUGAAUCCAGAUAAUAGCUUUGAAAUAUUAGUUGACCAGUCUGUUGUGAACAGUGGAAAUCUGCUGAAUGACAUGACUCCUGCUGUAAAUCCUUCACGUGAAAUUGAGGACCCAGAAGACCGGAAGCCUGAGGAUUGGGAUGAAAGACCAAAAAUACCAGAUCCGGAUGCUGUCAAGCCAGAUGACUGGGAUGAAGAUGCCCCUGCUAAGAUUCCAGAUGAAGAAGCCACAAAACCUGAAGGCUGGUUAGAUGAUGAGCCUGAAUAUAUAUCUGAUCCAGAUGCAGAGAAGCCAGACGAUUGGGAUGAAGACAUGGAUGGAGAAUGGGAGGCUCCUCAGAUUGCCAACCCGAAAUGUGAGUCAGCCCCUGGGUGUGGUGUCUGGCAGCGACCUAUGAUUGACAACCCCAAUUACAAGGGCAAAUGGAAGGCUCCCAUGAUGGACAAUCCUAACUACCAGGGAAUCUGGAAACCCAGGAAAAUACCAAAUCCAGAUUUCUUUGAAGAUCUUGAACCUUUCAAAAUGACUCCUUUUACUGCUGUUGGUUUGGAGCUAUGGUCUAUGACCUCUGAUAUUUUUUUUGACAACUUUAUUAUCUCUUGUGAUCGAGGAGUAGUUGAUGAUUGGGCCAAUGAUGGAUGGGGCCUGAAGAAAGCUGCUGACGGGGCUGCUGAGCCAGGUGUAGUAGGGCAGAUGAUUGAGGCAGCUGAAGAGCGCCCGUGGCUCUGGGUGGUCUACAUUUUGACUGUAGCUCUGCCUGUGUUCCUUGUUAUCCUCUUCUGCUGUUCUGGAAAGAAACAACCCAGUGCUAUGGAGUACAAGAAGACUGAUGCUCCUCAACCAGAUGUGAAGGAAGAGGAAGAAGAGAAAGAGGAGGAAAAAGACAAGGGAGAUGAGGAGGAAGAAGCAGAAGAGAAACUUGAAGAGAAACAAAAAAGUGAUGCUGAAGAAGAUGGUGGUGCUGUCAGUCAAGAGGAAGAAGAGAGAAAACCUAAAGCAGAGGAGGAUGAAAUUUUGAAUAGAUCACCAAGAAACAGAAAGCCACGAAGAGAGUGAAACAAUCUUAAGAACUUGAUCUGUGAUUUCCUUUCCCUCCCCUUCCCCUCCAAGUGUGGUCCUAGGAAAGGACCUGGCACACCUUAGGUUGAAACUCAGAAAACCUCAAGAUGUCACCAUCAACAGGUUCCAGUUGAACACUAGUCUGUGUAAUUUUAAACAUCUAGCAGUAAAUAAUUGCAGUUGUGACAUAAAGGACCCUGUUUUUGUAGAAAGGAAAACAUUUAACAUAAUGGUUGUGAAAUGUAACAUGAAACAACUAACUUGUAUUUUUGUUUUUGUUUUUAAACAUUUUUGUUUUUUAAAAUAGAAUGAUAGAACUUUACCAAACUUUAAAAUCUUGUCUUAAUUUAAUAUAUUAGUCCAUGCAGAAAUAACACCAACAUUUAAAAAUUCUAAGGGAAUGAGUUGUAGUUUUUAUAAUAGAUUUUUUUAAGUUUGGUAUUACAAAAUAUUCAAAUGUUUCUGUCCCUUAAAAUUGAUAAUCAUGUUUAAAGUAUAGUUGUUUGUGGUUAUAAUCUUGUUUUGCUUGCUUCCAUUUCUUGAUUCCUCCUAAGGAAAUUUAGGAGAGGGAUUGGAUGGAGCCCAAAUUUAUAUAGAAAUUCUGUUUAAGUUGUAUUAAAAAUAGACAUACAUUAUGUUGGUUAGACCAUGAAGUGUGUGUUCUGUUGUCUUUGGACCUGAGCAGACAGCAGUUAAUGGAAGAGGUGGCUUCAUGUAGCACUUGGGUAGUGAUACUCCACACACAGGGAGCAUCAGCUUUGGCCUUCUGGAGCAGGUGGCUUGUUGAGGAACUCACUAGCAGGGCAUGGCGUGUGAGUUCUGGAGUAGGUAUUUUCAUUACUUCUUCCACUGUGUUGACACUGUUUUCCUGACCCAUAUUCCCAAAUUCUGAGCUUUUUCCUCUGCUAUGCAUUUUCUUCAAAGCGCAGCUUGCAGUUCGUUGCUGAAAAUGACUAUAAACUCUGCAUAGUGUUAAGCUUUAUUGUGAUUACAUGUAUGUUUCUUCUUUCUUUGAAGCAGACCCACACCUUUCCAGGGUCAGAGUACAAGAUAGAAUAUAUGAUCUUUCACUUUUACCCAUUUGACUCCCUGUAAAGACUUUAGAGGUCUAAUUCAGAGGUGAACCAGUUCAGAAUUGACUGUAAUUGAACACAGGCUAAAAGUAUUUAUGGGAGGAGUGACACAUAGCAUGAUUUUUGUAGCUGCUAAAGAUUUUAAGCCUUCAUUUGCAAUUCAUGUAAUUCAUUUGUGUCUUAAAUUACACAAUAAAGCAGUCCUGUUCAAAUUUUUUUUUUAAUGUGGCUUGUAGAAUUUUUUAAAAAAUGAUCUUAAGUUUGCUUUUCAUGUGGAAUGCACAUGGGUGCUAUCAGAGCCUCUCCCAUACCACUACAGUGUAAUCAUAUUACACUGAAAGGUAUUCAGAAUUAUAUGUUAUUUUAGCUUUAUUCUUUCCUCAGAGGUGUUUUACAUGUACUGUUCCUUGCACUGAAUAUAUAAACACUCCACAGUGUUUAUAUUGGGGAGAUGUUGGGGAGGAGGUAUAUUUGUAAAAGAUGAAAGCUGUACCCAUUUGUUUUACCUUUUUUUUUUUUUUUUAAACUGAUCCACUUAAAUUCUUUUGAGGGUUGGAUGCAUUUUUUUGCUCUUCAGUGCUUGUUUCAUUUCAUUUGUUUGUGGUCACAGUGACUUUAGCUAUGUAGCAGACUUUUCCAAACAUAUUGAGUGCAAAUAAACAGUUGUUACUUAGCAAAACCUAAAAAUAUGUCUGCAGGUUUCUCCGUGAAGCAAACGUAGAGGAUCAUUGCAUUUCCAGAAAUCUGCCUUCUAAAAUUCUUUGUUGAUGUUAAAUUUCAUGCCUCACUUUCUUCCAGCUGAGCUUAAAUCAUUAGUGUUCAUUGCCUCUCCUUAUUUAGUAAGGUUUGUCCAAAAUAAAAACAAUGGCUUUUCUUGUUUUUUUUUUUUCUCAGUUUUUGUUGAAGGUGCAGCAUCCUGAUUAAAUGUCUGAAACGUUAAUGAAUGACCAGCAGUUUUCAGCUCUUAAAAAGGCGCUUAUGAUUUUACAUGCUGGUUACCUGUCCCAUUGUUGUAAAAUGCCCACUGUCCAUCAGAUGUGUUCCUCAGUUUUUCUUAUCUACAAAAUACUCAGUUUUUUUUUUUCAAAUUGUCACGUUACUAAAUGGUGUUACAUUAAAGCCCUGUGUUAAGUGUC